UUGGGCAGCAAAGAGGCAUCGCAUUUUCAGCAUUUUACACAUACUGUGCGGUAGUAGUCGUUACCUCAAAACUAAUUUUGUUCUCAGUCUUUCAACCGGCUGGAUUUAGCAGCGACAGCAGGAGCGUUAGCUACAGGAGUCAACAUGAACGGAAUAGGUGUUUUCGUUUGCUUCAGUUUGGGAUGCUUUGCAGGAGUUUUAGGCAAAGUGGAGAUCAUCUCACCGCCAAUGACGUUGCACGAGAUCAAGGGCGGAUCAGUAGUGUUUGAGUGUAUAGCCUCUGGAUUAGAUGACAGCAAUGCCAUGUCUAUGCAAUGGGUAAGACAGGAGGACCCAUCUCGCAACAUCAACAUGCGCAUCAUCUCCAUCAACGAGAUGAAAGUCUACGGGAGCAAUCGUUACAGCGUAAUCAAGAAGUCUGGAUUGCCCUCAGGUCAGAAAGGUUAUGACCUUGAGAUCAGUGACCUUGUGGUUGAUGAUGAAGGUCGAUACACGUGUUCGGUUCAGGGGGUUGGUGUGACAGAGGCGCAGAGUUAUACCCUUAAUGUAAUGAUUCCACCCAAGCUGAAUUUCUCCCAGAAGGAUCUCCUGCCAAAAAUCGUCAAAUUAGGUGAAUCUCUGACGGUGAUGUGUAAGGCCAGUGGGCGACCGAAGCCAACCAUUACGUGGAAAAAGUUGGGUAGCAACUUAGGAAACCAUACGAAGACAGUUAACAACUCGCUGAUCUUCCCGAAAGUGAAGAAGACCGAUACUGGAGAAUAUGAGUGUAAGGCGGAGAAUGGAGCUGGCAGUCCUGCUACGGAGGUCCUGGAAAUUAGUGUACAAUAUGCACCAGAAGUGAAUGUAAAAGAGGACAUUGUUUACUCAGGGCCCCAGAAGACUGCCAUCUUGACUUGUAUAGUUAGCGCAUCCCCCAUAGCCAAAAUAGAAUGGAUGUUUGCUGGCAAUGCUGUUGACCAAAAGAGGAGGAAUGUAAAAACGAAGUUUGUUGACUUGGGUGUCGGUGUUGGUAGAGAAGCCCAGUUGAUUAUUAACAAUGUUGUGUCCGACGAUUUUGGUGUUUAUAAAUGUAUAGCAACCAACCAGUAUGGUGCUGAUGAUAAAGUCAUUGAAUUAACAGGUCUCCCAAAGAAAGUAGAAAUUACCAGCAGUAAAAAAGGCUCGUACUCGCAACAAUACACGUUGACCUGGCAGGUCUAUUCACAUGAUCUACCUCUUGAUUAUUUCCUCAUGUUUAGAGUGCUGAAUGGUACCGAGCCUGGUCCAUGGCAUAAUUCGAGCAUUCCAGCUAAUGCAGAACCCAAAGCUACUGACCAUAAAGCCUUUUACAAGUUUAAACAACUUGAAGCCAACACAAGAUAUCAAGUUCGCCUCCAAGCUAGAAACUCAUUAGGUGUUGGUGAAGUCAGUGAUCUAUUUGAAUUUUCAACUGCUGAAGCCGGUCAAACGCCCCCACCCCCAACCAAAGCACCGAAAGUGACGGAGAAAGCGACCUCAAAUCAAGGCCAGACCAACCGGGUCUCGGACGGUCAAAGAGGGGCUGCCUCUUACUCUCUUCCAAGCCUCGCAUUAGGCGCCAUCUGUCUUCUGUUUUCCAUACUAAAUGCCAAGGCGUAAAUACAAUAAUUCGACUCAGAAGCGACAUGAGAACUUUAAUACAUCCUUGUCUUGCCAAACAAUAGUCGUUGCCAAGGAGACAGCGUCUGCCAUGACAUCCGACCUUAACUGUGAAUUUUAUUGGAGGAGACAAAUGUCAAGGGUCAGAAGAGUUCAAAGUUCAAGUUGGAGACCGAUCACUUUCAUCUCAUGUUUUGUCAAUUGCCUGUAGAUUUUGUAUAAAACAUUCAAUAAUGCAAUACAUGUACAUUAGUGUAUGAGCCAUGAUUAGUAUUUAAUGUAUGGACGAUUGUACAGUAAUGUAUGAGCUAUUGUAAAUUGUGGUCCGGGCAGUGCAAAGUAAUGCAUGGGCUAUUGUAAAUUAAGGUGGGAAAUUUAUACAUGUGUUAUGACAAUUAUACGUUAAUGAGCAUUUGUAUAUCAUUGUAUGGAUAUUUACACAUUACUGUACAUGUACAUGUACAUGUAUGGAUGACUAUACAAUGAGUAUUGAAAUUGAUAUGAAAGACUGGCCUAAUCCAUGUGGUCAAUAGGCCUAAUGCAUUUAAGCAUAAAUGCAUCAGGAAAUCGUUCUACCGUGGUUUGUGUAUGUAAUGGAUAAUCGUAUUGUAAUGUUGUCCAUACAUUAAUGUACAAUUGCUUGUGUAACGCAUUAGAAUUUUUGCGAGCGACCCUUCAUACCACUACAUCAAUUAAUGUAUUGGUGAGAAGAUAUCGUUCAUUGUUCUUUUUACAAUUGCACAUCGAUGCAUGCGCACGCUUUGUGUUAUGGACUGAUGUUCAAUUGUAGGGACUAUUGUGCAUGUUGUGUGCACAAAGUAAUGUUCAUUUCAAAUGAAAAAGUGAACAUUUAAAGUAUGGAAAAUAGUCUGUGCAAGUAGAGUUCCUUGAUUUUCAUACUUUUCUCGUACAACCUGCGUGCAGGGUGUUGCCUAGAUUGCGUGUACGGCAAAUUACAUGUGCACCAAAUAUAACUAAUUUAGGUAUGUCAUGCAGUUGUGAUUUUGACUGUACACAGUUGUAAAAUCAAAUUGCAUAAAUCUAAUGGUGAACCUUAGUUUCAUCUUGUAAAUCAUUUGUUAAUUGCAUAGAUAAAAAAUUUAACCGUAUUAUCAACAUACCACACACUUUUCACUCAUUUAGAAUGAACCAUUUACAUGAUUAGGUAUUUGUAACCUUUAUUCAACGGCAAAGUAAACUAAAAAAACGUUUUGUCCAAAAUACUGGUAACACAUAAUUAAUCUCAAGCAUGAUCCAUUGGCAUUGCAUUGAAUAAAUACUUUGUGUUGAUCGUUUUUUGACACAAGAAGAUAAUAAAGGGAUUAUACCAAAUUUAUAUUCGAGAGAUUUAUUCAUUUUACAUGUUUGACGUGCAGCAACGUUUAACGCAGGCCAGAGUUAUAUUGAUCAAAAGCCUUGAUAUAUACUGCAACAGUUUAUAUGGAGUCGUGUGGUUAAAUUGAAGUUUUUUUCAGCAACAGAUAGCAUAGUGAACUGCUUAAUAGCCCCUAGCUCUAAUUGUUGUCUAUGUAUCAAUUUUCUUUCACACUUUCUAAAAUGCUGAUGAAUCCCUUUGAGGAAAGAGACGAAAACCACAAAAUUAUCUUUGUUUAGGAAAAACAAAAUAAAUUUUGUAAUCCGCCAAAGAAAAGUUUUGUAGAGGUUUUUGCGAAACUAGAGAUAGUGUAAAAAUGUGUUGGUUUGUUUACAGUAUAUGUUCUUCUACCGUGUCUACCGGCAAAAUAAUACUAUGAUACUGGAAAUGUAUUUUAAAGGGAGUCUAUAGACAGGUGGUAGGUCAGAUUAAGUUUGCAAAGCCACAUAUAGGGGGCUCUUCUUCCUCGCAGUACAUCAAAACUAUUCACGCUUACACCUAUUUGUUUUUUAAUUCUGCACCGAACACGACAAAGUCCCCUGAUCGUGCAUAUUAUAGUCACCUGAAGAACAAUAAUUUGACCCCAUAGCUCCUGCCUAUAGUUCCCCUUUAAAAAAAUGUGUACUUCCUGACAUUUGUACUCAAGCUCAACUGGAAAUUCACUGUGCGGGAGCACCGCUCUAUUAGGAAUAGCAAAUUUGGGAUGUUCUAUUUUAAGGAGACUAAACAUAAGCAGUAUUCAAACCGUUGAAAGUACGCCAAUCUAAGCCUACUCGGUGUUGGGUUUGUUAAAAAAUAUGAACAUUUCUAAUUGUGUUAAUACCUACUGAAUAUAAAUGUCGACUGACUAUAAAUGUUAACUUAAAUGCCAUCUUUUAGUGAAUAAUUGUACCACGAGCCUGAAUAUUUCUAUUCACCUGAGCCUUAAACACCAACGGUGUAGGUUUCCUUCAUUGGGAGGUCACUCUGCAUUCACACACUGUAUUUAAUAUGCCUUAGUGAUAAGGACACCUCUUGAUGGUGACAACUCAGUUCUUGUAUUUGAAUUCGUUGCACUGAUGUUCCAUUUCACAUCGAAGUAUCCUUCGAACUUAAAAGAGGACAACUACAUUUGUACCCAAAACGAAGCAUUCUUUAGUUGUCCUUGAUAGACAUCUAAUAGAAUAACCCCAGCUGCAGAAACCGGAUUUGAGGGAUAACUUGGGCGCGAGAUAUAUAAUGUGUUGGUUUUUCACACAAAAAUGGCUUCCAGCAGGACCGUGACUUCUUCAAAAAGCAUUAAUUUGCAAUAUACACACAACAGACAAAUCAUUAGCAAAAGUCAACUAGCCGCAGACAAGCAUUAUGAGAGAUCAGCAUUAGUGUGAUACUACACGUGGCGGUUCAUGGUGGCAGGUAGGCACACUAUCCGUGUGGCCACCUGAAGCCCACGCCCAAGCUGUUCCUUUGAAGUCAUGAUAUUUUGACAGGAUUCAGAAACUAUACGAGGAGUGGGUGCGGGCCAGGGGUUUUGUACACUUCAAACAACCUGCGGUAGCGGAAAAGUUAAGGCUUAAUUAAGUCUAAGAUUAAGAAUGCGUAGGCAAUAUCUAGCCUAAGGUACAUAUGUACGAGAUGCUGACGAGGGAUCUUCUACAGGAUGAAUAAGCUUCUAUUCAAUGACUACCGCCAGCAGUGUACAUUUUAUUGGCUGGUUGUCGCCUGUGACACGCCUGCAUGUACGAUAGUUUAACUAAUUUUGUAGUGCUUAAUAACCCAGUAAGAAAAUGGUAGUUUAAUGAGGUGAGACCGCUAGAAGUCAUGUGAUGAUAAUAUGGCACCUUCUUGAUGUCAUUAGUUAACCUGUGUGAGAGGGGAAAAGCUCCUGCAUCAAAAUCUAGAUUAUUCUGUACGUCAAUUCCACCGACCUCUAAUCAACAAGUUUUUCGACACAGAAAGACAGUGUAUUUGCUAAUAACUAAUAUCUCUGUCGCCAGGCACCUGCCCAGAUAACAAUACCUUAUACUUUACUAGCUGGUGGCUAUAAACCAACUGGCUGCAUCCUAACGAGGUUCGAACCUUUGACUUUCCGUUCAUGAGGCAGUCGCCUUAACCUCUAGGCCAUCAGUGUUUUCUAAUUCAGACAGGUGGACAAGAACAAAAUCUGGUCGUCUUCCGUUAUCUUUUAAUGAACCCUGGUGAUAGUGGUUCGUUAAAUGUAUCUUAAUGCAUGUUUGAAAUAAGUUCAUGCAUCUAUUAUAUGUGUUUUCUGCUUAAACGCCCAUUCAGUUCAUUCAAAAAUUAGACUUUGGAAAAGUCCAAUUGUAUAAAUAUUUGCUGGUAAUGAAUUUCAACAAGGCUGUUGUGUAGACUGAUAUGUUCCAGUAAAUUAGUGUGCAUGCAUAAUGACGGCACCACGGAAGUGUUUAUAUAUGAUUAACUCAGCCGCAAGACACUACAGUAAACAUGAACAGCAUAGGCCUUUAAACAUGUAGAGCUGUGCAUAUUUCAAAGUUCAAAUUUGACAUUUUAUCCAUGCCCCAAUAAAUAUUAUAUAUGUAAACUGUUGGUUUCGUUUAUAAGCUAGUGAGAAAUCGAAUUUUAGAAAUCUGCACAUUUGAAAUACCUAGCAAGAUGAAUGAAUAUUCUGUUGCAGGUCCUAUUCUACAAAAGCGAUUUUUGCGACACCGGUGUUGUAUUUUGUAUUUCAUUGAAAUAUAUGAUUUAUUCAGGUCUGAAGAAGAGUCAACAUACACAUGCGCCAUACAUGUAGUUCUUUUUCUCUUGAGCUGCUUGGUAAAUUCUACCGAAACUGUCGGUGAAAUAAACAAAAAGAAAAAUGUGUUGUAAAUUAAGAGUGUGGUGAUGUAAUGUAGGCCCAUAGCUUUUCGGUCAUCGGGGGGGG